CGCAGCGCAAGGCCCGGCCGAGCCCCCAGCUCGGCGAGGGGAGCCCCCAGCUCGGCCCUCCUCCCGCCUCCCCAGCACCCUCGGGGGCCGGGCGCUGCCCUCCGGCGGCGCGGCGGAGCAGGUGCCAGUGGCGGUGGGCCGGCAGGAUGGAGGCUGCCUUGCUGAAGCCGGCGAUGAUGGCGGAGGUGAAGGGGAGCGGCGUUGGCUCCGCUGUCAGCGCCGAACUGGAGGUGAAGAAGCUGCAGGAGCUGGUGCGGAAGCUGGAGAAGCAAAACGAGCAGCUCCGGAGUCGCGCCGCCGCCGCGGCGGUCACGACCGGCCCGCCCAGCCCUCACCUGCUGCUGGCCCCGCCGCCGGCCACCGGUGGACUGCGCCCCGCCAGUCCCCCCUCCGUGGCGGGCGGCGGGGCCGCGCCGUGCAUGCCUAGCCCGGUGCCCACCCUGCUGUGUGCCACCGCUCUGGGCCCGCCGGAGCCUCUCGCCUAUUUCAAACCCUCGACCGGCCUGCCCGAGGCUGGCGGCGGCGGGCAGGAAGCUGGCGGCGGCGGCGGCAGCCCGGGGGCGGUGGCGGAGGCCGCCACGGUGCUGGACGAGGUUGCGGUGCUGGAGCUGGAGGACGGCUGCUGCGGACAGGACGAGGAUACAUGGUUGUACGUCUUGCCUACCAAGAUUCUCACUCCUCCAGAGAAAUCACUGAGUCCUCUGCAGUGGUGCAGGCAUGUCCUGGAUCAUCCAAGUCCUGAGAUAGAGGCUGCAAAACGUUCCCUGUGCUUUAGAUUGGAACAAGCUAGCCGAUGGCGGAACCUCUUCUCUACACCUGUCUCCUUGGCUUUUCCCUAUAGUCCUGUUGCAAGACUCACCCCAUAUACCAAUGGCUUUAAUAGUCCCAGCUUCUCUAAAACCUCCAGUAAAGCAAUACUAACACCUGAACGGACAGGUUAUGUUUCUAGAAGUUCCCCUUUGAGCCCACAGUCAUCCAUAGACAGUGAACUGAGCACCUCAGAGCUGGAGGAUGAUUCCAUCUCCAUGGGAUACAAACUGCAGGACCUCACCGACGUCCAAAUCAUGGCUCGGCUACAGGAGGAGAGCCUUAGGCAAGAUUAUGCUUCGACUUCAGUAUCCGUGUCAAGGCACAGCUCAAGCGUCUCUCUGCACACAGGAAAGAAAGGGACAUGCAGUGACCAGGAGUAUGAUCGCUACAGUCUGGAGGAUGAGGAAGAGUUCGACCACCUCCCACCUCCACAGCCACGCCUGACUCGCUGCUCACCUUUCCAGAGAGGGAUUCCUCACUCACAGACUUUCUCCAGUAUCCGGGACUGCAGGAGGAGCCCUACCUCCCCGCAAUUCCCUUCGAGUUCCUACCAGCAGCCCUACUACUCCCCUCAAGCCCAGACUCCGGAGCAGCAACCAAGUCGCAGUAACGGAGAUAAACUUCGAAGAAGCAUGCCUAACCUCACUCGGAUGCCGAGUACCCCCAGCAAUCCUGGCUUUGCUAGUUCUCCGGUCACCGUGAGGAGCAGUCAGAGCUUUGAUUCCAGUUUGCACGGAGCGAGUAAUGGGAUUUCGAGGAUGCAGUCAUGUAUUCCAUCACCAGGACAACUUCAACACAGGGUUCACAGUGUGGGACAUUUUCCUGUGUCUGUCAGACAGCCUCUCAAAGCUACUGCCUAUGUAAGCCCAACAGUGCAAGGUAGUAGUAGUAAUAGUAGUAACAGCAACAUUCCAGUGUCCAACAACUUGCAGUUAUAUUCUAACACUGGGAUUCCGAUGCCAAACAAGACUGCCAGUCAAGGGAUUGUAGGACGCAGUGCUCUUCCAAGACCAUCGCUGGCCAUCAAUGGGAGUAGCAUACCCAGAAGUAAAAUUGCACAGCCAGUUCGAAGUUUCCUUCAACCUCCAAAGCCACUUUCGUCGCUCAGCACGAUGCGGGACGGGAACUGGAGGGACGGCUGCUAUUGAUGAAGGACACCCAUCAGCAGUGGGGAACAAGUCAUGUGGCUUUCGUUACCCAGCUGGCUGGGUAGCACGGAUUUGGGAAAGGCAGGUCAUGCAGUGUUAUUUCCCCCUGGGAUUCUAAUAUGUAACCAUCCAUAAUGCAAUAGCGUUUUUUAAACCCAAGUAUCUUAUCAAAUACUAAAUACUGCACUUCAUCAGUUACCUGAACCACUGCAUUGUUAGCAGACCAGCAAUGGCAGCCUGGGCCUUUGGAACGGAAGAAAGUGCCACGCAUGUGCAAAGCACCAGAGUGCUUCCCUGGAAGGCGCUGGGAGACGAUGCUUCUGGGCAGCUUUGCCGCGCUGAAACUCUAAGCUAGUUUUCCCAGGGUACAGGCAUCAUGCAUUUUGUUUUGGAUUUGGGGGACUUUGGAACUUAACCUGUGUGCUUGGAUCUUUUUUCCUAGUGUUUCUGGUAUGUUUUAUUUUGUAUACUUCAGUUCAUUUAAACUUGCCUGGACCUCAAACAUCAGCAAGAUCGUUUACAUUUUCUGUGCCAUCAAUACUGGUUUUGGGGUGGUGUGCUGCUUUUUUUAGUGCUAGGGACAACACAUCCUACAAAACCAUGCCGUUGGCAGUACUGAGCAGGGAGCACAAAAAAGGGCAGCGCUGAGGGGCAGUCGCCAUCCAGCUGGGUCAGUAUUGUUCUGUUGGUCUUCUCACCGUUUGCUCAGUUGUUAAUUUAUCGUCACGGUGAUCGUAUUAAAAACGGCAGCCUAAGUCACACUGCACCUGCAAAGAUGCAGCAGUCUCUAAAGCUGCAGCUGAUUUUCAGUACUUUAGUACAAAGAACAAAACUGUAAUGUUUUAUUAACAGUCGCUUAUGGAAAGUGAGUUUUAAUGUGAAUAAACCUUUUUGAUAGACCUUUUACAGAACCCAAUUGCACUAAUCAAUGCUUUCUUAUAACGGCAUAUGACUUACUACUUGGUUACAACUGUGUAUACUGCUGUUUUGGAAUGUUUCAGAAAUAAAGAGUCUAUUUCAGCAAUAA